AUGAUCGCUUUGGUGUUGUGCUUCGUUUGCAAAAUAAUUCAAGUUGCAAAAAGUUCUUUUUGUAAUUGUGAAGUGGAACAGUUCGAAUCAAGAAAGAAAAAACCUCGGAAAUGCGUCAAAAAAACACGAAACCAGAGGAGACGAAAAGUUGCCGCGCAUGCGUACGUCAGUUACGGGCGCUGCGCCUGCGCGUUUGACGCUUUACACGGCGGUGUUGUAGUCGUGAUCCGAUUAACAACUGUCUUUACUUGUGUUUGUCAUGUGCAAAAACAAUGUGAAAAGUGGUUGUUAAUAAUAUUUUCCUAG